UUGGAUUGAAAUUUAAUUAUCGUUCAUUGUGAUUAAACAAUAAUGUUCAUUACUAAUCAUCAGCAUCUUUGGUAUCAAUUUGAUUGUACAUUUGUUAAUCUGUCCGUCUGUCUGUCUUAAUUGUUGUUGUUGCCUGUUAAUUGUUAUAACAAUCAAUCGUUUCUUUCAAUUACACUCAUUAUAUUGUAUCUUUAAUUGCAAUUAAUCAAAAUGAAUGACGAAGAUUUCCUUUCGUGCCUUGGAUACAAUCUUAAUGAUACAAUUACUCCUUGUCCAAGUGAUUCUGGGAUUGAUUUAAAUUCAAUGGAGUUUGAUCUCUGGUCACUUAAUUGUCCAACACUUAAUCACAACAAUCUGACCUUACAAAGAAUGGAAUCAAGUUCAUCAUUUGUUAAAUCAAAUGAUUACGUUACUGAUAAUAUCUCAAUUAAAUCACUUCCAAUUGAAUCAAGUGAAAUUUUUCCAGAACCAAUGAUAUCACAAUCAAAUAGUGUCAACACUAAUCAAUCAAAUGCUAAUUACUCUUAUGGGAAUAAUAAUAUUUACAAUACAAAUAAUUCAUCACAAUCAGGAGGAGGUUCAGUUGAUUUGAAUUAUUUCAAUCAAUGUAACGGUUUCACUGUUUCAAAAGUCAUGAUUACACCUUUAUCACCACCACCACCACCUCCCCACCCUCCUCCACUCCCAACAACAACAAUCACAACAACAACAACCACAACAACAACCCCUUAUACUCACAAUCAGCAUCAAAUUGUUUCUGAUCAUCACCAUCAUUCAAAUCAUUAUCUGACUAGUCAUAAUCACAAUUCAAAUCAUCAUGUUAAUAAUAACACCAAUCAUAAUCAUAGAUUUUCAGUGCCACAACCAGCGAGUGGAUUAUUUCCCACCUCAAUGAGUGUUAAUUUAUCUAUGAACAUGACCAUGGGCUUUGCUACUUCCCCUGUUUCAGCGGAGGCAACAGCAGCCGCUGCCGCAGCUGCGGCUGCUGCAGCGGCAUCAAGUCAACCAAUUGUUUGGUCAAAUACAACAACAUCAUCACCAUCAACAUCUCAAUCAACUGUAGCUUAUGAAAUCGGAGGCGGAGUAAAUAAUCACUUGAACAUUUCCACUCCAACAGUAAAUCCCAAUCAACUAAGAGGCUGUUCAACAUUAACUAAUUGUUCACCGCUAAUUACCAGCAACGGUUUCAACAAUUUAACUGGAUUCUUUGAUAAUCCAUACAGUCCGACUUACCCAACAUCUCCUGGUUCAUCAUUUCACCACCAUCCACCUCCACCACCUCUUCCUCCACCUCUUCCUCCUCCUCCUCCUCCACCGCCUCUUACAACAAAUCAACAUCCUCAUCAUCUUCAAUAUCAUCAUUCAGAUAAUUUACUAAUUCAAAAUCAGCCUGUUCCUCAUAAUCUUCAUCAUCCUCAUCAUCAAUCUCAACUGCAACAAUUGCACAAUAUAAAUCAUCAUUUUCACCAUCAACCUCACCACAAUCAAGACCAACAAGAUCCCAAUCAUAAUCAUCAUCACAACAAUCAAAUAUCAACAAUCAAUCAAAUCUCAUCAGAUGAUAAAAGUUAUCAAAUUGAAGAUAUUAUUGAAACGACAAAUAAUCUCAAUAAUGAUUCAAUUAACAAUCAAAACCAUCACAAUGAUGGAAACAGUAACAAUCUUAACGAUAACGAUGAUGUUAAAAUUAACUUUAACUCCAAUAGUUCAACUACAAUCAGAUCAAUUUCCCCGUUAACUGAACAAACUCAGAAUGAGAUUAACGAUCAUCACUCUGAUUAUUCAAGAUACAACAAUCAUCUAAAUCAUGAUCACAAUCAUGUUUAUCGUCAUAAAGGUAAAAUUGCCCAGGAAUUAGCAGCUCUUCAAGAGAUAAGCCAAGAAUCAGAUGAAACAAUUUACUACAAAGAAUCAUCUCAUCAUCAACCUCAUCUUCACCAACCUUCAACAACCUCAUCACUAUCAACUAAUCAACACACUAAUCAUAAUCUAAAUAAUUCUGGUUCAUCUUCACCAAAUUUGUGUCGCAUUUGCGGCAAAACUUACGCUCGUCCAUCCACAUUGAAAACUCAUCUUCGAACUCAUUCUGGUGAAAGACCUUACAGAUGUAGCACGUGCCAUAAAUCCUUUUCUCAGGCCGCUAAUCUAACGGCUCAUAUUCGUACGCACAGCGGUGAGAAACCUUUUCGUUGUCCAGUUUGUGAUCGACGAUUUUCCCAAAGUUCAUCGGUGACAACCCACAUGAGAACUCAUUCCGGCGAGAGACCUUAUCGUUGUGGAAGUUGCCGGAAGGCAUUUUCCGAUUCGUCGACAUUAACUAAACACCUUCGAAUUCAUUCCGGAGAGAAACCUUAUCAAUGUAAAUUGUGUUUACUGCGAUUCUCACAAUCAGGUAAUCUUAAUAGACACAUGAGAAUUCAUACCAACAUCACCUAAUCAAUUAACCAUUAACUCUCAACAAUUUAACUGUAAUUAACUUUUCAAGACAAAACAAAUCAACUCCCUGAGUCUGUGUGUUAACCUUUAACUUCAUUUUUUUUCUGGUCAAUAACAAUUAACAUUUAAUUAAUUACCAACAAUUAAACUGCUACUAAUGCUCCUUUCAAU